UCAGGUCAGCAGAAAUCUAUUAUCCUACACUCAAUAAAAAUGGCUUCAGCAGCUAUAAAGGCUAUGACCGGCGUGGCCAAAGAUGUAUCGCCGCUGUAUUACAGGAUAUUGUCCAAAUUCCCACAGAAUUUUACAUUCUGUUUCGCCUACGGAUCAGCAGUGAAGCCACAAAUAGGGAACAAUAAAAAACAGAAUAUGAUCGAUUUAAUAUACUGCGUUGAUAACUCGUAUCGUUGGCAUGGAGCUAACAUCGCAGUAAAUCCAUCACAUUACUCCGCGCUACGGUUCCUGGGCAAGGGUGUUGUUGCAAGAUUUCAGGAGAACUGGGCCGCAAAAGUGUAUUUUAACACUCUAGUUGAAAUGAAAGAAGAAAAUAUUCUCAUAAAGUAUGGUGUUGUAUCCCAAAAAGAUUUGAUUGCUGAUUUACUAGAUUGGAAUGAUCUUUACCUAGCUGGCAGACUACACAAACCAGUAGAAAUCAUUAAGCAAACCAAUAGCUCUCAGUUGCAAAAUGCUCUUCAGUCAAAUCUACGCUCCGCUGUUCACACAGCUCUUCUUACUUUACCUGAAACAUUUUCUGAGUAUGACUUUUAUUUCGCCAUAUCAAACUUAAGCUAUGCUGGCGAUUUUAGAAUGACCUUCGGGGAAAAUAAAAACAAAGUAAGGAACAUAGUACAGCCACAAUUACUGAGUUUUCGUGAACUGUACCAACCAAUUUUGCAGCAAUUCCAUGCCUAUGUUGACUUCACUCCAGGAGAAGCCAAGUGCCACCAGGAUCUGCAUCCUGAAACUAAAUUGCACCACUUAAUGCAGUUACCUAUGGUACCCCAACAAAAAAUAGUGAAAUUCUGGAAUCAUGGUGGCCUGCAACAAGACAUGGAAGAUGUACUACGAGCUGUUGCUUAUGACGUUGAUUGUGCUGUUAUAUUAACACAAAUACUGAAGGAUAUAGUCUGGCAGUCUAGUGUGAGGCAAUCUUUGAAGGGCAUUCUCACUGCGGGGUUUCUCAAGUCAGUCCGUUACAGCGCUAAGAAAAUAGCAAAAAUGUUCUAAUUAUAAGCUGUAGUUUUUGUACAUAUGUAUAUAAUAAAGGUAGUGUGUAAAUUAGA